GGAAAAAUGAAAGAAGAAGAAAAAGGAAGCGCAGUAAGCCAUUAUUUAGAUCUGGGAAUAAUGAAUGUUUAUCUGGAUUUUGUAACACAAAUUAUGUAAUGAAGCAGAGAAAAGGCUUUUGAACAAAUAUGUUAAUGAGAUGGCAGCUAAGGGAGAGGUUAGAGAGCUGCCAAUUCUGAAUCAAAUUUUGAACAUGAUUUUCUUUUGGAUCUUUUUUCUUUUGUAGUCGUUAGCCUGCACAGCAUUUGAAUGGGCUUUAGAACACAAACUAUAUGGGAAACACCAAUUCUAGGUCAAGAAAGACUGAUCAGCAACAUAUACUGACUGAGAAAACCCCACUGACUCAAAAUUCAUAAUGAGGGCUUUUAUGUAGAAAGUUGUUGGGCACGGGGAUUGUGCCGAAAGGACUGUUCAUUCAGAGUCUUGAGAACUUUUCCUGGAAAAAUAUCAGAUGCUGCACUGGGAACUUAGUUGAAAGCUACUCCUGAAGCAGGACAGUGGACUGACAGUAACUGGGAAGGACCAACUGGAGGGAAAAUGGAGAGCAAUGAAGGAGUGGUUUUCUCUGAAUGCUGGAACCAUUUUUUUCAUUGGAGACAGGACACAGGAAUUCAAGUUUUCGCCAAUUCCCCACUUUCUGCUAGACUUUGCACUGGUGCGAAGUGUGUUUCCUCUGUGUUGAACAUGGCCCCGACGUGCCUGCAGCCCCUGCUGAGGUACCGCUCCUUCGCCAUCCUCUUCCUCACGCCGCUGCUGCUGCUGCCGCUGCCGCUCGCUGUGCCCACGCGGGAGGCCAGAUGUGCAUAUGUCAUCAUCAUCAUGGCUGUGUACUGGUGCACAGAAGUGAUCCCCCUGGCUGUCACCUCCCUCAUGCCAGUGGUAUUUUUCCCUCUGCUUGGAGUUCAGACCUCUAAAAAAGUGUGCUUGCAGUACCUAAAUAACACAAACAUGCUCUUCUUUGGAGGGCUGAUUGUUGCAAUUUCUGUUGAGCACUGGAAUCUUCACAAAAGGAUUGCACUGAGGGUCCUUCUGAUUCUUGGGGUGAAACCUGCACUCCUGAUGCUGGGAUUUAUGAUAGUCACUGCCUUCCUGUCAAUGUGGAUAAGCAACACAGCCACCACUGCCAUGAUGGUUCCCAUUGUCCAGGCUGUCCUGGAUCAAUUGGACAGCACAGAGAAUGAUGUGACCACCAUGGAACAAGCAACUGGGCAAACAAAUACAGUGAUUGAACUGGAGGAAAAGAGCAUAUCAGAGUCCACUGCAGUGCAUGUUGUAAUCAAUGAACAAGUCACUGAUGACCCCAAAUCUUCUGAGGAAAAGAAAAUGAAGAAGCGUAUAUGCAAGGGAAUGACACUUUGUGUAUGCUAUGCUGCCAGCAUUGGAGGAACUGCAACACUUACUGGAACAGGACCAAAUGUGGUACUGAAAGGCCAGAUGAAUCAGUUAUACCCCAACAAUAAUGAUGUUGUGAACUUUGCUUCCUGGUUUGGAUUUGCACUCCCAAACAUGGUCCUGAUGUUGGUGCUAGCUUGGCUUUGGUUACAGUGCUCCUUCAUGGGACUCAACUUUAGAAAAAGCUGGGGCUUUGGGACAGAGAAAACUGCCAAAGAAAAAGCUGCAUACAGUGUGCUGAAGGCAGAAAUGAAGAAGUUAGGCCCUAUGUCUUAUGCUGAAUUAAAUGUCCUCCUCUUGUUUGUAUUGCUGGUGCUCUUGUGGUUUUCCAGAAACCCAGGCUUUGUAAAAGGCUGGGCCGCCAGGCUCUUCCCAGGAGGAGAAAAGUAUAUCACUGAUUCUGUUCCUGCUGUGUUUAUUGCCCUGUUACUGUUUAUCCUUCCUGCUCAUAAGCCCAGAUGCGUAGCCUGGAAUCCAAGCAUGUCUGACCCUGAACAGACUGAAGAAGAUAAAAAAAAGCCAUUUUUAUCAGCCCCGCUGCUAGACUGGAAUGUGGUUCAAAGGAAGAUGCCCUGGAGCAUUGUGCUGCUGCUGGGAGGAGGUUUUGCUUUGGCUGAUGCAAGCGCAAACUCUGGGCUCUCAGCUUGGAUGGGUCUUCAGAUGACUCCACUGGGAUCUAUCCCACCAUGGGCCAUUGCAACAGUGAUCGCCCUUAUUACAGCUGUCUUCACUGAAUGCACCAGUAACGUGGCCACAGCCACCCUCUUCCUGCCUGUCUUUUCGUCCUUGGCUGAAUCUGUCAAGAUCCACCCUUUGUAUAUUAUGCUGCCUGCUACUCUCAGUGCUUCAUUUGCCUUCAUGCUACCUGUUGCAACACCACCAAAUGCCAUAGUGUUUUCUUAUGGCCACAUCCAUGUUUUGGAUAUGGUUAGAGCUGGAAUAGUGAUGAACAUGAUUGGAGUCUGCUGUGUCACACUGGCCAUCAACACAUGGGGAAGACCUAUGUUUGAGCUGGACACAUUCCCAACCUGGGCAAACAGCACAAGAAACCAGUGAGCUGUGAAGAAUUUGUAUGUUGAACUAGGAAAGUACCCUUAGUACUCCCUAUUGCCUAAAGUCCUGUAUAAAGUCUCAUCACCACUUCAGAUCCAGUGUUGGGUGUUUGCUGCCUUCCAGCAAUCACACAUCAGUUCGGAUUUGAACCAACCCAAUCUUACUCCAGUUGUGCUGGAGCCAAAAGCGUUUGCAAUUGUACAACCUCUGUCAGAAUCAUAAGUACGUUUGAGUGAUCCGUUGUGCCUCCAAUCAAGGUCAAGAAUUAGGAUUUAUCAAACUUUCAAUAAAGAGAGGGGAGGCUGUUGCAUCAAAUGGUUUGAACUGUUAUAUCACUGGUAUCCAUUUGUAAAUCAUUAGCAUUGAAUAUUGCACUCAGGCAGCUGUGGAACAUUCCUUACCUAUUCCUUAUAUCUACAAGUCAGCAACUGUACAAAGGAAUCCCUGUUGUCACUUGUCUAGUGAAGAAGGGGUACAUGAUGUUGUGCUAUGUUAUACUUUAGUUGGGCCUCAGCCGUGUGGUGGGAUCCUUCCAAGUCAACAUCCAACACACUUUCUCUUGCCUUGUUUUCACUCCCAAGUCUCACUGCAUUUAGACACCCUUAUUGAGGGUUGAGAUAACCUAAUUCCAUGAUGUUCAUGAUUCAGCUGAUACCUCAGACAAUGAUGCCCUAAGGCUGGCACUGUGGCAAUUAGAGGGCAGGGAGCCUUUCCCUCAGUCACAGGUGUGAUUUCACAUACCAGCUAGUGUUUUCCGAGUGCCAGCCUGGAGAUGACCAGUGGCCCAUGGGACUUGACAUCUAUUGCAGAAGUUCCUGAAUUAGCCCCUGAUGUACCUUAUUAAUUAACUCUGGAAUUUUCGAGUGAAGUCAAGACGUGAGGAAGGCUCUAACUGAUGACCUGGGAAAAAUGUAGAGGCCCAGAUUUUAGUGCUUUUGCUGGCUGACAGCAGUGGGAGUUGUCUUGUGUACUUUGGAAUCCAUGCAUUGUGAGAAAAGUAGUUUGUAACCUAAUUAUGCCAUUUCUGUUGUAGAAGUAGUCUACAGAAUGAUUGGUUGGGCUGGGUGUAUUUUGUCAGUGGUACAUGGAUACUUUUCCUUCAGCCCUGGGGAUGGAGGUGGGUGGGAGGUAAAGCAGUGUCUUACAGUGGGAAGAUCUGUGGGUAUGACCUGGGAUUUGCUUCCAGAUUUGCCAUGUAUCCCCAUGCAAGUCAGUUCACUUCUUUGUGCUUAUUUCCCCUCCUAAAGAAGAUGUUAUGGAACCUAUCUACCUCACCAAGGUGUUGUGAGGACAUAAGGGUCAAAUUCUGCAGCCACAGUGAUUUCCCACCUCAUGAUAAUGGGUACAAGGUGUUAAGUUACAGAAUCAUAGAAUUCUAUGUAGAAGAUCUGGCAUAUAGCAUAGCAUUGUGUUUAGGAUAUUCAGUAGUUCUGUUAUUAAUGUGAAUUUUCUUUAUGAACUGGAAAAAUACAUUUUUAUCUAGAAGUGAGGGAAAUAUUUAUCCACGAAAUGACCAGAUGUUUUUUUGAGCAGAAAACUGCUUUAAGAAUUGAUUUUUGUGCCUUUAUCUCUUAUGCUCUUUCAUGGUGCUAAGCACCAUAAACUGUCCGCUGAAUGUUGUUCCCAAGUGCCACCAAUGGCUCCCUGAUUCCCACUGGCUGCAUGUGGUGCAGCCUCACACUUCUUCCAGGGAAUGGUGGAGCAUGUGGAUAAACACUCUUUCACUUGCAGAGUCUAUCUAAGGAAGAGGCCAGUUCUAGUGCCAAGAAUUGGCAGAUGAGAUUUUGCUCACAGAUAUUUGUCACCACCUGAAACUUAUCACAAUAUUUUUUUUUAAGAAAGUGAAACCAGGAACAGUUGAGCACGUUCUGUCCUUUGGCAGUCACCACUUAAUGCUGAUUUGUAUCUCUAGGUAUCUAAAGGCAUUUGAGAAAGAAAGAGACUUUCUCUGCUUUCUGAUGGACUUCACAGUGUGAGAACAUGUUAUUUUUGCCAGAUACAUGGUGCUUGCUCUGCUCUGCCUGACAAGUAAGAUACAGGGGAGCCUGCAUGGGUAGAUGAUACUGAGCUUGGCUAUCUCGGUUCAUGCAGACUGAAACUCCUCUAAAACCAAUUCCAGCUAAAAGCUGUAGGACAGACAAUUCACUGUCCUGUUUGCAGAAAAGAAUGUUCUGAAAGUUUCUUGAAUGGGAGAGAUUGCCCUCACCUCAGCUAGUGAAGAGCUUCACUUUGUUGCUGGACAAGAAGGAAGCAAAUGCUAUUUUCAUCAAUAGUCACACAGGGUGAUUCAUGGUCAGGAGUGCUGGGCCAUGGAAGUGUUCAUGUGGGGUAAUAAAGAGUGUUGAGUUUAUUGUAACUGUGAAGUAUUUGAUGUGUCAUCUCUCUACUGUUAAUAGCAGUUUCUUUUUGAGAGACUUCUAUGAUAUCCUGUGAUUGAUUCAUAUUUAAUUUAAAUGGGUGAGUUGCAUAAUUAGAUCCUGGCAAAUAAAAACUUUCUAGAACUGUC